UUUUUCUUUUCUUUCAUUUCAUUUAAUUGAAAAACAAACAAAACAACAACCAAGAUUCUCUGUCCUAAAAACUCCUUCUUCUUUCUAAUCUCUCCUUCGACUUUCAGGUUUCUGUUUACAGAUCUCCAAAUUUUUUGGUGUGUGUGUGUUCAGAGUCACAAGGUGAGAUUCUAGGAUAUUCAGAUUCAGGCUUAUUGAUUGAGAGAGAAAGAGAAAUGGACUACCAAGAAAGUUAUAGAUUGACAUUUUAUGGAAUUUUGGUUGCUUUUAUGGAAUUAGCAUUUGCUUAUUGUCUUCUAUGCGUAUCAGCUUUCGUCUUUAUUACAUCGAAGUUGCUACUGUUUAUGCCAUGUAUCGGGUACCAAAACAGUGAUCUCUGCAUCCAAAAACUUCUCUUUGAUUGGCCAUUCAGAAUCAUACUCAGAGUUCAGAAGCUAGCUACUACUAAUAGGCCAAGCGUUUUACAUCAUCAAGAACAAGAACAAGAACAAGAACAAGAACAAGAAGAGAAGACUAUGGUUGAUAAAGAUAAGAACUCGGAAUUGAUGGAUAGAGUUAGGUUGUUGGAAGUAGCUGUUGAGCAAGAGAAAGUAGCUAAAGCUGCUUUAAUGGUUGAAUUGGAACAAGAAAGAGCAGCUUCAGCAUCAGCAGCUGAUGAAGCUAUGGCUAUGAUUUUAAGGCUACAAGCGGAUAAAGCUUCGCUUGAGAUGGAAGGGAAGCAAUAUGAGAGAAUGAUUGAUGAGAAAUUUGCUUAUGAUGAGGAAGAGAUGAAUAUUCUCAAGGAGAUUCUUUUUAAAAGGGAGAGAGAAAAGCAUUUUCUUGAGAAAGAACUUGAGACUUACAAGCACAUUGAUGAUGAUCAAGAGACGGAAGACAACGAGAAGAGAGAAUGCGAUGAGGAUGGAGAACCGAUUGUGUAUGAUGUUCAUGUCAUUGAGGAUAAUAGUCAGACUAAAGUGAGGGAUGAUGAUGUAGCAGAACACAAAGAGAUGAAGGAAGAAGAGAUAGUCAAGGAUCAUGAUUCAGUAUCAUCACCUACUUCAUCUUCAACACAUCUCCCAUAAGUUUCUAAUUCUGAUUGUUGAACUCUGUUUUUGUUAAUGUAUGUGUGUAGAUUUGGUGUAAUUUGUGAAUAUCAAUAGACGUUUUAUCUUUUAAGUGGUGUCACGCAUAAGAUGAAAUAAAAUUGUUUUGAUUGAA